UGCGUUGUCGCCCCUCGGGAGAUGAGUGGCUGUCGGGGUCUGGGCCACCUUUGGGGUGGCUGGCGGCGGGGGCCGGGGGUCCGCGCAGCGCGCGAGGCCGCAGGCUUUGGCACCGAAGCCGGACAUCAGCUGCGACGUCGAGGAUCCAGGAAACGGUCGGGGCCCCUGGGGGACCAGCCCUUCCCGGGGCUGCUGCAGCUAGAGAACCUCAGUCGGGAGGGGCUGGUUGAUGUGCUGAGGGCAGCCGUAGUGGACCAGAAAGGACCUCUCGUGACACUGAAUAAGCCACCGGGUCUACCAGUGACAGGAAAACCAGGGGAGUUGACGUUGUUCUCGGUGCUGCCAGAGCUGAGCCAGUCCCUGGGGCUUAGAGAUCGGGAGCUCCAGGUUGUCCAAGCAUCUGGGAAAGAGACCUCUGGGCUUGUACUCCUCUCCAGCUGCCCUCAGACAGCAAGCCGCCUCCAGAAGUUCUUCAUCCACUCACGGAGAGCACAGAGACCCACAGCCACCUACUGUGCUGUCACUGAUGGGAUCCCAGCUUCUUCUGAGGGGAAUAUCCAAGUCGCUCUGAAACUGGAACACAUUGAUGGCAUUGAUCUAGUAAUUCCAGUGAAGUCCCCAUCCCGAAAGGACUUGCAAGAAGGUGUCAAGAGGACCCUCAGCCACUUCCAUGUGGUGGCCAGGGGCUUUGGCUGUGCCCUGGUCCAGCUGCAGCCACUGACAGUGUUCCCCAGUCAGCUGCAGGUACACCUGGUCCUACAGCUCUGCCCUGUGCUUGGGGAUCACACAUACUCGGCCCGUGUGGGCACCGUCCUGGGCCAGCGCUUUCUACUGCCCGCCGAGAGCACCAAGCCCCAAAGACAGGUUCUGGAUGAAGCCCUCCUCAGACGCCUCCACCUGACCCCAGCCCAGGCUGCCCAGCUGCCCUUGCAUCUCCACCUGCAUUGUCUCCAUCUUCCAGGCAUGAGGCCCAGGGAGGCCCCCAUGAAGCUUCUGGCACCCCUGCCCCCUUAUUUUUCCAGGACCCUACAGUGCCUGGGGCUCCACCAACAAUAGUCCUCUUUCUGUUCCUUCUGUUUCCACUGGAAAGCAGUGGGGAUGGGGUGGGGGGUGGGGCGGAAGGAUGAACCUACGGUAUCAGGCUUGAGGAGAAUGCAGUCAGUGCGCAACAUGCACUAAGGCCAUGCUUUAAGGUCCUGGGCUCUGCAUUCGGACAAACCUAAGCUCAAAGCCUGGCUAGGCCACUUGCUGUACGGUAUCAGGCAGAUGACUUCAUCUCUCUGGACGGGAAUUAAUAAAAGUACCUACCUCAUAGUGUGGUUUUGAGGAUUUGCUGAGAAAGUAAACGUUUAUCAUGGA